CUGCUUUCUCUCGGACGAGAGGGCAUUAGAUAGAGAAGACGCGACCUCGGAUCACGGCGGAGCAUCACCUUCGUUCAUACUGCUGAGUCGCCGGAGAUUGAGCUGAGGUCAUUGAGGGAGGAAGAGGGCGAUGGGGGCCUCCGGAGGAGCAGCGGAUGCCGGGCGGAAGAGGAUGCGACCGGCGGAGAAGGGCGACUUGUUCGACGUCCUUCCGGACGAGCUCGUAGUGGCGGUCCUCUGCAAGCUGAGCGCCUCCGCCGCGAGACCGGCUGAUCUGGUUGCCGUCUUCGUAGUAUGUAAGAGACUCAAUCGUCUUGGACUUGAUCCGCUGGUUCUCGCGAGGGCAUCGGCGGAGUCGCUCGCCGCGAGCGCCAAGAGCUGGUCUGAUUUCUCCCACGGAUUCUUGAAACGCUGCACCGAUUCCGGAAACCUGGAAGCUUGUUACAUCCUGGGCAUGAUCCGCUUCUAUUGCUUAAGGAAUCGGAAGAGUGGACUCUCGUUUAUUGCACAGGCGGCGAUCCAGAACCACGCGCCAGCGCUCUUCUCGUUGGCGGUGAUCCAAUUCAACGGAAGCGGAAAAUCCAAGAUCGACAAGGACCCCGAAGCCGGUGUCGCGCUCUGCGCGCGGGCUGCUUCCCUCGGCUACGUGGACGCGAUGCGAGUUCUAGGCCACUGCCUUCAGGAUGGCUACGGCGUGCGACGCAACCUCGCCGAGGGCCGCCGCCUCCUCCUCCUGGCUAAUGCCCGAGAGUUUGCCGCCUUCCUGCACUCCUCCUCCUCCUCUUCCCCGCUUCACCGCCAUGCCAAUCGCCGGGGCUCUCUUCUUAAAGAUUUAGAUUUAUGGAUGCGUUCCACUCCGCCGCCGGAGCCGCACCCGGCUAACCGUUUCUUGGCGGAGUGGUUUACAUCGAGGAGCGAGGUUUUGAACGGAGAGGAGUUGAGUCUGUGCUCCAACGGCGGAUGCGGUCGCCUAGAGACGCGGCGUCACGAGUUCUGGCUGUGCGCCGCGUGCAACCUCGUCAAGUACUGCUCGAGGGCGUGCCAGGCGACGCACUGGAGGUCGUCGCACAAGGCCGAGUGCGUACCUUUUGAACAGUGGUUGGACGCCACCGCCGGCGACGGCCAAGACGAAGCCCCGAUGGACGGUGGCGCCGGCGGUGAUGGGCUCGUCCUGGAAUAGUAUUGGAAAGUUGGAUCAGGUUACAAAAACCUUUGCCUCAAUUCUGCGUUCUUUUUA